AUGGACAUGAUCACUGAGUUCUUUGGUCAACAAACUCCAACGAGGAGUCCUCCGAACCCUCUCCGCCUUGGCUUCAAGUUCGAGGUGCAUGGCGACGGACUACUUGUGACAGCAGUCGAUCACCUGUCUCCUGCAUAUGAUGCUGGGAUGCUGGUGGGAGACCUCAUCGUCGCCGCGGGGUCGGACGACUCGGACAUCAUCCCCUCCUCACGGGAUAUGAUACCGCAGCUGAUCGUCAUGCUGAAAGAAAGGUCCUCUGUGCUCCUCCUCGUCCGAAGGAGGAAUGUCGAGUUCUCCAUCCGCAUCGACAAGACUCGAAGACAAGACGACCCGGCGGAGGGACAGUAUCAAUCCCAGGUGCAAGGAUGGAAAGGAAGCCCGUCAGUAUACAAUGACAGGAUACAUAACGCCAUGCAGACUCCGUCUCCGAAUCAUCCACUGCACUCGGCACCAACAUGGGGUGAGGGAUGGGCAAGAAAAGGAGACUUUGGAAGGCUGGCAGGAGCUGGAGCUGGAGCUGGAGCUGGAGCUGGAGCAGGGGCAGGAGCAGGGGCAGGGGCAGGAGCAGGAGCAGGAGCAGGGAGGAACAUUGAAAAUCACUUCUCUCCUCUUGCUUCAGCUCCACAGCAGCAGAUCGUGAGAGGACAGUGGGGGCUGCAGGUGAAUCAACACGCAGAACAAGUGCACUCGACUCCUCCCAAGAACGAACAGCAGGAGCUGGAAGAAGCACAGGAAAAGCUUUCGGCAAGGAGCAAGGAGGCGCAGAAAGAGCAGCAGGCGGCUAGGGCACCCUCGCAUUCACCUGCCAAGCUCGAGGAUAGGAGGCAGAAACUCAAAACCCCGUUGGCGCCCCAGGAAAAAGCAGCUGAGGGCCCGAGCCCCUCGAGAGGAAGAGUGUCACCAACGAGAGAGAAGCAGGGAAGGGAAGAAGGAACACACCAGCGAUCUGCCGCCAGGAGGGAGAAGAUAAUCGACGACCUGGUGAACGUGGAGAACAGGAGGGAGGAAGAUGCCCGACAGCUGCAGCAGGAGAUGGAGCAGCUGAAGAGAAUCCUGGCGAGCACCCAGGAUAAGCUCGCCAAGGAGGAGCAGGAGAAGAGAAGCGUCAUGAGCCAGCUCGAGCAGGCGCAGGGGAGGAUGGAGAAUCAGAAGCUCGCGAUUCGAGAUCUCGAGGCCUCCCUCGCUGCCAUUAGAGACGCUCAGCUCGUCUCUUCCUCCUCUUCCUCGGCUGCGGACCAGCAGCGGCAUAUCGAGCAGCAGCAGGCCAGGAUCGGCCAGCUCGAGCGGCAGCUGCAUAUGCUGGAGCAGGCAGGUCCUCAGCAGGAGAGGGAGGGUGUCAACCUCGCUUCCCAGCUCCAGUACCAGCUGGAGGAGAUCUCGAGGGAGAAGGUCCACCUGCUGGAGCGGAUCUCUGUGCUGGAAGAGCAGCUGAGGCAGCAGGAGGGAGGGGCUAGGGACCAGCAGGAGACGGGAAGGAAGUUCGAGGAGCUGCAGGAGAAGCUGCAGGCAAGCGAGCGGGCGGCGCACAAGAACCACAUCAAGUAUAGGAGGCAGCAGCAGCAGUGUGACAGCCUGCAGAAAGAGCUGAACAGGUGGAGGGAGGAGGCGGAGGAGCUGAGAAGGAGGCUGAAGGACAUGGAGGAGGUUGAGGAGUGUCAUGAAGUCCCAGGGAAGGAAGCAAAGAAUGAGGAAGAGUUCCGUCAGCUGGCGGAGGAGAACCGUUUUAAGAGGGAGGCGCUGCUGGAGCAGGAGAAGGAGCUCGUGUCUGUGAUGCAUGAAGCGAGGAUGGUCGAGAGGAGCGCGGCGAGCGCCAAGGACGGUCAGGAGAGCCUCCUGCUGGAGGCUGUGCUGGAAGCGUCGAGGGAGCUGCAGGCCGCGAAGGAGAUGAUGGAGAAGGGCAAGGAGAUAGAGGAGCAGCUGCAGUUUCAGCAGAGUGUGGUGACUGACUUGACCCUCGAGCAUCGCAGACUGAACGAGCUGAUCGUGGCGGCGAGGGAGGCGGCGGUGAAGGUGAGGAGGGGAGUCGUUAUUGCAGCUAGAUAA